AUGGUCAAAGAGACAAAAUUCUACGACUUGCUGCAGAUUCCACCAAAUGCAGAUCCACAUCAAAUCAAGAAAGCAUACAGAGCGUGCGCUCUCAAGUAUCAUCCAGAUAAGGUGAGAAACGUGAAUGAUGAGACGACUAGACGUAAAAGAACAGAGUUGUUUCAAGAGAUGACGAGAGCAUAUGAAGUUCUUUCUGACGAUCAAAAAAGAGCGAUAUACGACCGUUACGGCGAGGAGGCUGUUAAUCAAGGAGUUGUGGCUCAGGAGAAUGGCAAUUCUCAAGGUAUGGCAUCACCGGCAGAAAGUUUAUUCUCUAAUUUCUUUGGGGGAAGCUCUGAAAUGCAUGGGGGAGGAAGAAGCUUUUUUGACGAUGCCUUUAAUGCCUUUCAGUCAUUUGAUCGCGAUUUUGAUAGUCCGUUUGGUUCUGCAAAGUUCGGUAACUUUGGCCAAAACUUCUUUUCCCAUAAUCACAAUUCUCCUGAAAAAGGUAGAGAUAUCUACCAUACUAUUUAUUGCACCUUGAUGGACUUUUAUAACGGGAAGAAGAUUAAGCUCAGUUUACUGAGAAAGGUGCAAUGUAGUAAAUGCCAUGGUACCGGGGGACUUCGUCGUGUAACAUGUUCUCGAUGCAAUGGAGCGGGUAUCCAAGUUGUCGAACGUAGAAUGGGCGGGGUUUACCAACGAUCCUCGAGCACUUGUCAACAGUGUGGGGGUUCAGGAGAAUAUAUUCCUGAGGAUAGUAUUUGUCCCGAGUGUGAAGGCCGGAGGCUAGUUGACAAAAAAGUAAUUUUAGAGGUUACCGUUCCGCGUGGUUGUGGGUCUGGUUAUCAGAUUGUGUUUGCCAAGGGAGCCGACGAAGGAAUAAAUAUCAUCCCUGGUGAUGUUAUUGUCACUCUUAAGGAGAGAAAGAAGGCUCAUAAGAAGAAUUAUAGGAUGGCAGGUGUUAAGGAUGAUGAUGAGAUGGACUUAAAUGAGAAAUUCGCCCGCAGCAACGAUGACCUUUUGACUACGGUAAAGGUUCCGUUAAGAACGGCUAUUUGUGGAGGUGAUGUCUCCUUAAAGCAUUUAGAUGGUAGUGUUCUACACAUCUACGUUGAUCGUGGGGACCUGCAACAUUUUAGCAAUAUUAGAGUUGUGAAAAAUAGAGGAAUGCCGAUAUCUACUAAUGAGCCCGGUACCUCCAGCGAAGUUAUUGGAUACGGUGAUUUAUAUGUGAAGUUUGAGGUGGAGCUCCCAAAACCAGAAGAUCUUACAAAAGAGCAGUACACUGCUCUUUCUAUGAUAUUAGCACCAAAAGGGCAGCAACAUGAUGAUGUUGAAAUGCUCCCCAACAGGGAGACUGAAGGCAUCAGCGAAAAGGGAAACAAGUGUAAUGGUAAUGAUAUGAUAUACUCCUCGCCUGUUGAUUCAAAACGAAUAAAAGCUUUGGAUAUAGACUUCCCGGAAGUUUAA